GUAGUGACAGUGGUCACCAUGCCUCCAAACCUAGCACACUCCUUCACUAACUACCUGUCCCACAGUGUAGCGAAAGAGCUCAGUGGCAUGGAAAGGUUUCGAGAACCACCAAAACUGGCGGACACCAGUGAGCUACAGAUGGUCUUCACCCGAAGGAAAGCUCAAAGAAUGCAGAUCCGUCAAGCUUUUUACCUCGUUGACUCUAACUAUGUCAAAACCUACCCAAACGAGUUCUACAUCCGUUCACUGUCGGGUCAAAUAUUUCUUAUCAAAUAUGAACGGUUCCUGCGGUAGUGAUUACUGUUGUAAAUAUUUUAUGUUUUGUUUUGUAUUUGUUAUUUUUUAAAUUAUGUAUUCAUGAUUUUUUUACUGUAUACAAUUUUUAAUAUAUUUUUGUAGUACAA